AGCAUCUCUUUGAUGACAGACAGACACACCUCAUCGUUUUGAUAGAUUUGUGUAAAGGUCGUUGCUUUCAACUUUUGGGGGAGUCCCAGGACACCUCACCAACACAUCCACCUGCUUCUACAAUCUACACCAUCUUGGAAUCUUUGGGCCCUAUAGUUUGCCCAUUUUCUCCAAUCACAUACCAUUUUUUUUUUUCUUUUGCUUUUCUUCCCUCACCUACCUGUGUUUGAAAAAGGUUGAAUCUUUUUUACCCUUAAAUUGCAAUGCCCGCAAAUCUUUCUCACUUCUCUCGUUGAUUAGCCAUCGUCUUACUCCACUCUCCUUACCAUUUAAGCAAGGCUGUUGGUAAUGGAGGUAGUUUCAACUGAUGGGUUUCGCGGUUUACAUGUGGCUAUGUGAUGGGUAAUUUCAAGAACCUUGUUUUCUAUUUGGUGGCUAUAAGGAUUCUAUGAUGAUCUUUUAAGCCUAGAGAAUUUUCUGGGAAAUGGGUUCGUACUGUUUAUUGGAUUUGGAUAACAGUUUCUGUGAAAUGGGAACUGCUUAGGCCUAAGUAUGGCUAUUUUGACUGAUUAAACUUUAUUUAGUUUGAAGGUUUCAUAGGGUUGACGGGGUCUUUCUGGGUGGGUUUUAUAACAAUUGAUAUUCAAUUGUGGAAGCUUGGUCUUAUUGAUUUAGUUGUUGAUUUUGGUUAUCUGAAUGCACCUCUGAGAAACUGGCCAUUGAGGUAAGCUACAUUGAGCUUUCUUAUUCUUGAGAUCGGAAAAGAAGGAAAUAGUAUAGGUCAUCCUUUUCAAUUUCCUCUGGCCUUGGCUGUUGCUCAUAGAUGUGUAUUUGUUUGUUUUAGUAUUAAAGAAAGAUUCAGUGUGGUGUUUAGAUGUUGCCAUCUUUUUUUGGAUGACGAUCGAAACCCUACAACCCUUUUGGAUGUUAGGUAAACCCCGCCUUGUGAACUAGUCGGUAACAGAUCACAAGGAAGUAAAAUAGCCUAGGUUACCCGUAGCUGACAGGCUUAAGCUAAGGGAGCAAGGAUUCAAACUUGUGACCUUGUGGUUACAAGUGUGGAUCUCUUGCCAUCUUAGCUGGGGUUACCCCGAUAUUGCCAUCUUUAAAAAGAGGAAAGGGUGUAAUUCUGUUUGUAGCGGAAAAAUGAAUGUUUGGAUCGUGGCAGCUGCAGCUGGUGCGGGAUAUGUUGCUCAGCGUUGGAAGUCACGGAAUGUUGUGCAAGCACGGGGAAAGGAUUUGAAAGGUUGUACUUCCCGUGGAAUGAUGUCUAGGAAAAUAGUAGACGAAGAUGGUUAUAGGAUGAGGGAACAAGCGAGUGAAGAUACUAUGGUGGACGUGGCAUCUAUAAUGACUAUAAGUGGUUUGUCUGGAAAUCUUGGAAUGUUGGAUAUGUGUGGUAGCUGCAAUAUGCGUGCUACUUCAAAUUACACAACUGGGUCCCCGAAUGACAAAUGCCUUCAUGUAGACCGGGGAGAAGACCAAGUAGGUGGCAAAAUUAAUGUGGCUGAAUAUGAUGUUUCUCUUCAACCUUAUAUAACAGAUGUCCGCUUUUCUUAUAGUCUCAAAAGAAACGGAAGCUGUCUUAGAAGUAAUCAAACUAUUGAGCAUCUCAUAAAGCCUCUAUGUUAUCUCGAUAGCCCUUCAUCUACACAAAUGUUUAGGCCUUUUGUGGUUGCAGAUGGAAGUCGAAUUAUUAGCAGAGAAAGUGGUGAUUUUUUCAGUACACCAACCGGAGCUGGCUCGAAAAAGCUACAAAAAGAUGUCAUUUUGCAAGGUAACGGUGAAGUAUUUGGAGUCCCUCGGCUACCCAAUAUUGAGUCCCCAAGAAAAGCUAAGGCUAAUAGAGAAAAUGGCCAUAGUGGAAGUUUCAGUAGAAAAACGAAUGUGGAAAAUUGUCACUCACAAGGAUCAUCGCAUGGAGCGUUUCUUGUUUGUCUUGGAAUAUCUGCGGGCAUAUUCUCUUCAUUCUUGGCACAUAAGAAGGAGGUGGACAAAUUGAAUGGGUUGCUGAAACAGACGGAGAACUUGGUUCAAGAUCUACAAGAGGAACUCGAAAUGAGAGAUUCAUUAACUGUGAAAGAGCUUGCCACCGGGGAUUAUGAGUCUCAAGAUACACAUAAUAGUUCCUAUAACAACGAGUUGUUGCGUGUAUUUUCCCCUCGAAAGAAGUUGAAUAACUCAUCUAAACAUCGUGCUGAAGAAUAUCACUGUCGGGACUCUGAGGGUGAAUCUAUUAGUAAAAUUGAAGCAGAGCUUGAAGCUGAACUGGAGAGAUUAGAAUUUAACAUCAAUUCGUUUAAACUGGAGGAUGAAUAUUCCGAUGUAGCUGAGCUUGACCCAGAGUUCAUACCAGAUUUAGCUGAGGGAGAAUUGCGAGCUGAUGUGUUCAAUUGGCGAACUGAUCACCAACCUUACGCAGAUCAGGAUGGAAGUGGCAACUCUACGCCUCAUUCGGCUAACUAUGCUGUUUCGCCCAAAGAACUAAGCUUGCGGUUACACCAGGUUAUCAAAUCACAACUGGAAGAACGUGUGAGAGAGCUCGAGAUGGCACUCAAGCAAAGCCAGAGGAAAGUUCGCUACAUGGAAGUGCAGCACAGUUAUCAUCGGAGAGUGUUCUCUAACAGUGAGGCGGAGGAGUCUUCAACCCAAGGCAGUCCAGUCGCUAAAGAUAGACCCGUAGUGAUCAAUUUAGCGGGAGAAGCACUCAAUGCAUAUAACGAGGUUUUUGAGGAAUUCUCUACGACAAAUGAAUCUGAAGACGAUGUGAUAGCAUCAGGGAUUGGGAAGAUCAACCAUCAAGAUAACAUGAAUCAACAUGAUCACGACGUGGAUUGGAUUGAGAGUAGUAUGCUUAGCGAUGAUAAUGAUGAGAUGGAUAGAAUGUUGAUUAAGCGGAUCCUGGAGAAAGCCAGGAAAGGCUCUCCUGCAGUUUUGAAUGCUCAGAAAGCAUUGUUUUCCGGUGGUGAAAAUGAGCAUUGGUGAUGCUUGAUAGAGAGAAAGAGGAGACUUUUUGCAGUAGAUAAUAGAUACAGUAAAUUUGAUUGUUUCCAUUCAAAUUAAAAUUCGUUCAGAGUUGUCAGGAAAGACCUUUAGAACCACAACUCAUCCUAAAUCCUCUUCAUGCUGUACAUAUAGAGUGAGUCUCUUGUGAGACGGGUUGAUCAAUAUG